AUGAGCCGCGCUCCCUCAGCCACAUUCUUCAUUGACUUGGUGUGCAACGCUCGUGAAGUGGUGGAUGCGAGGAGCAAGAAGCGUGCUCAGAAGAAGGAGUUGACACAGAAAAUGGUUAUGGCUGACGAGGGUGUAGCUGGCGAAGGAGAUGACCUGGAAGAUCUACAGAACACCAUCAACGAGCUCGCGGUGAAGGAAGUGUUGAUUAUUGAUGACAGCGAUGACACUGCGACGAUACUGCGCCCAAUGCUGGUGGAUCGAGCCUAUAAGACCAAUACGGUUACCGAUGGUUUCGCGGCUUUGGAUUACUUCAAUAUGCAUCCGAUGCCUGAUAUAGUGAUUAUGGAGACGGAACUGCCUGGCAACUUGCCCGGCCUGGACUUCUUGAGUCAGUUCAGGAGAGAGAAGCCACCGGAGGUACCGAUACUGGUGAUUACUAAGUCAAAAGAGACGUCUAGUCACCUUGAGGCUAUACGGAGAGGGGCUACAGCAGUCUACACGAAGCCUGUCACAGAGGAGAAGCUACCCAUCAUCAUUGACCACAUUUUCGCCCUUAUACGAAACCGUUAUCAUGUUCAACAUGAGAACAAGGCGAAAGUCAACUACGAGGUGAUGGGCCGGGUGAUGCCAAAAUUCAUCAUUAAUCGAUUAAGGGGAGGUGCCACAAUGAUUGCGGAUAAGUUGGAAUGUGUCAGCUGCGUGGCGGCGGUUGUGCAUCAGUUUCCUCUCAUCACGCAGGCGGUGCCGGUUACACAAUUGGUUGUUCUGAUGAAUAAAAUGACGAAUAGUUUCGACCAGCUCUGUAAAGACAAUGGGAUGUAUUCUGUGCUUUCCAAUGGGGAGCGAUUUCUGGCUGUGUGCGGGCAUGAGUCGACGAAUGAUGAGCAUACAGAAGUGGCCUUGAGAUUUGCUAGCAAGCUCUUGAAGGCCGAGCAAUUGAAAAUCGGCAGCACAGGGCAAACCAUGAAGCUCAAAAUAGGCGUAAACACAGGCCUGGCCUAUGCUGGUGUCAUCGGCGGCCGAGCCAAGGCUCCACAGUACGCCUUCUUCGGACCGGGCGUGCAGAUUGCCGAGUGGCUCGCUGAAACCGGUGUUCCCUCCCACCCACAUGUCGGCAAUGAGACUUACAAGUUGAUUAUGAGAGAGCAUGAGGGUUCGGGCCUGUUCUCAUUCCAAGAGAGAGGCGAGCUCAGAGUAUCAGACUCUGAGACCCUCCAGACGUGGUUGUUCAAGGAGAAGGCCGACCAAGACUUGUGCCACUUGAAGGCUUUGGGCGUGCUCACAGUCGGUGGGGCAACGGGUGAUGAUUCCGGAGACAUGCUUGAACGUAUACAAGAGUUGGAAGCAGAGCUCAGCAUUCUACAUGGAACCUCCGCCUCUAUAGCAGCAACAGCUACUGCCAUCGGCAACGACGGCGGAGUAGCUCAGAAGGUGACAUCCCAGGCCGACCUUAUACAGGAGCAGCUCCGGCGAAAAGGAACCAUCAACGCUAACAAUGCUAUAAGUCUAGUGGAACCCAUGGAGCGCAUCUGUGAGACUCUGAUGGAAGUAGUAGCGUAUGCAGAGGAAGAGGAGGGUCGGGCUGCGGAACUGCUAGAGAGGAAAGUGAUGGCCCAGAGUGCUGCUGGAGGGAAGCUAGUGGAGGAAGGAGGAAGAAGUGCUGGAGAGGCUUCUGGGCAUCCGAUAUUGCUCAGACUAGCAGACCUAGAGGGUCGGAUCAAAGAGCUCAACUCUCAAGCAACAGAGGCAAAUGUGGAGGCGAGAAGGGCUCAUAGGGUUCUGAGAGAUCUUGUCAAGAUCGGCUUCCACGUGGGGGACCAGACGGACAUGGUGCCGUCGCAAGAGAAGGCGGAAGAGAUGAUAACAUCGAUGGAGGAAGUGGUGAACUCGAUCGUCAUGGCCACCGGUCUCGCACAAGAGAUCGAGUCUGAGCAGAAGAGGAUAGCUGCUGAAGAGGCGGUGGUAGAAGAGGAGGAGAAUGACAACGGCUCGGAGGCUGAUGGGGGAGGGGGGAAGGAAGAUGGUGAUGGGGUAGAUCAAGUGGGAGUAGGCUCCGACGAUGCUAUGCAUCCAUUAAUAAAAACUAUGAGGACUCUUCAGAAGGAGAUAGACUUUAUACAGGACUAUGUGGCCGAUACAGAAGACCUGUUGGAGGCGGUCACCGGCGGCACGGCGGCUAACAGUAGUGAACCGCAAGGCUUGUUCGGGCUGCAGGUUCAGCAGUUGCAGACGGCGCUUCUGGCAAAGGAGGAGGAGUUGAAGCGGCUCGAGGAGCAGCUGAAUAGCCGUGGGGAGGAGGCUCAGAUUGUUGUGAAGUUGCAGAAGGACCUCACUGAUACUGAGAUACGUCGGGGAUGCCUACAGGGCGAAUUAGAAGCCACUAAAAUGGAGAUCAGCCGGUUGAAAACGAAAGGUUAUGUACUAAAACAGAGAGAGCGGAGAUCUCCUAUUACCGAGAUGUCGCGGAGGAGUGGUACUGACACUGAAUCGGCGGACGUGGAGGGACUGCGACGGCUGCUUGCGGCUAAGCAGGCCGAAGCCGAGAUGUACAAGUCGGCAGUCGCUGACCGUCCGCUCAACAACGCCGCAGCGGUGAUGAAGCAACAGAAUGAUAUCAUCCACCAGCUCAAUAACGAGAUUGUGAAGAUGCAGAAUGAGGCUGCUGCUAGGGCUGGGGGGAAAUCAGGCCACACUGCUUUGGUCGCGGGCGAGAGGGCUAAUAGACAAAUCAAGGACCUACAGGAAGCGCUGCUGAAUGCACAACAAGAUGUGAAGCAUCUUAUGCUGGAGAUGAGAUACCAUCACGGCAAGACAUCACAGCUUGCUAGUGACAACCAAAUAUUGGCGAAGGACAAUCAGACGAUGCAGGCGAAGCUGUUAGCGAUGGCCAGCAAGAUGGAACUCAUGCAGCAGGUCUCCUACCAUCUUCCCCUCACUUCCUAUGAUCACUUGCCUCCUCAGACACUGCGACAUAGGGAGAUAGAGCUGGCUGAUCCACGGCAUAUGAUCAGACAGGUCAGGGAUCAGAUGUUGCUGCCCGGCGACAAGGUAUCCGGUCUGAUCAAGGCCGGUUUCGGACGACAGGGCUACGGCAUGCCCCCUUCGUUGGGCCUAGGGCAUCCAGUCACGUCGUCUAACACUCAUGACCUCACACAAAGCUCUACUCUCAUGGUGGAGGAGCUCAACACCGCAGGCCCCUCCUCUGAACGGCGUAUGGGCACUACCGAGCGAACGCGGCCUCUCUACGAUGGCUAUCCGGAGCCGAGAAACUUGUGA